AUGGAGAAUGCACUCAAGUUCUGUGAGACCAUCCCAGAUCCAAAUCCUGGCCCGGACACCGCUUUGCAGUGUCACCUCCACUGGUUUUGUAUGACAGGAAAGUACCUCCCCCAGACCCUUGUCAGCUGGUUUCUGGGAGUUCAGCCAAUGGGAAGCACUGCUACCCUUCUGUUCCGUCAUCACCGACGACUGACAAGUACUUACAUCAUCGAAGAAGACAUUCCACAGCACCCUCCGCUCUGGCUGGAGCCCACGGUGACAUCACUGGCCCCGGCGCGGGUCACGUGGCCCGCUCCUCCCGCUCCUCCUCCCGCUGCCUUCGGAGCGCAGAGUCCGGCUGCAGCAGGCGCCCGGAGCUCUCGGGGGAGGCAGGCCACUGGCGAGCCGGACCCGCGGCGGCAGCGGCAGCGCAGGGAUCCCCGAGCGACGCGGUCGGCGCUCCUGCAAACUUGGGCGCGCGCUCGCGCUACGGCGCCCGCAGCCGGAGCGAUGAAGAUGGUCGCGCCCUGGACGCGGUUCUACUCCAACAGCUGCUGCCUGUGCUGCCAUGUCCGCACCGGCACCAUCCUGCUCGGCGUCUGGUACCUGGUCAUCAACGCUGUGGUGCUGCUGGUUCUGCUGAGCUCUCUGGCGGACCCGGACCAGUACCACUUCUCAAGUUCUGAGCUGGGAGGCGACUUUGAGUUCAUGGAUGAUGCCAACAUGUGCAUUGCGAUUGCAAUUUCUCUUCUCAUGAUCCUGAUAUGUGCCAUGGCCACUUACGGAGCGUACAAGCAACGUGCUGCCUGGAUCAUCCCAUUCUUCUGUUACCAGAUCUUUGAUUUCGCCCUCAACACCUUGGUUGCCGUCACUGUGCUUGUUUAUCCAAACUCCAUUCAGGAAUACAUACGACAGCUGCCUCCGAAUUUUCCCUACAGAGAUGAUAUCAUGUCUGUGAAUCCUACCUGUUUGGUCCUUAUUAUUCUUCUGUUCAUCAGCAUUAUCUUGACUUUCAAGGGUUACCUGAUUAGCUGUGUCUGGAACUGCUACCGGUAUAUCAAUGGCAGGAACUCCUCUGAUGUCCUGGUUUAUGUUACCAGCAAUGACACUACGGUGCUGUUACCGCCGUGCGAUGACGCUGCUGUGAAUGGGGCUGCCAAGGAGCCGCCGCCCCCUUACGUCUCUGCCUGAGCCAGCGAGUGGGGCGGGACUGAGCACAGCGACUUCAGUUCCAGACGUCGGAGCAAUAGGGGAUGAGCUCUCUGAGCUUCGUUGUUGCUGAAAUGCUCCAGUUUUAAAAUGUAGACGUUAAGUGAAACCCUCCUUAGUUUUAAGCAUAAGCUGUGGCUAGAGCACGGUGAUGGACUCAGUGUAGAGUCCUCUGGAGGCGGGCGCGCUGGGCUUCUGUUGUCUCCCUGGGGUUCCCUUCCCAGCAGUCCGGAUGAGCCCGCGUCAGAGGCGGGGAAUUCAUCAUCACACCUUCCCUUUGUGUUCCUCUGUUUUGAGAGUGUAAAAUAAAAUGAGAAUUAGAUGAUGCUUUUCUUAAGCCAUUCCAGUGUUGGAGCAAACCCUUCACACCUUACAGAGCACGAGUGUCCGUUGUGUGAUUAUUGCUCUAAUGACAGAUGUAGGUGUCCCUGUCUAUAUAAAUAAAACGAGAAUUUCCUUAAGAUUCUUUAUGACUUAAAUUCAAUGACAGUUUUGUAUUUGCUGUUCAAGGAUUCUGUCUGCGGGCGAAAUUGAGACCUUUGAACAAUUCCAGGCAGUGACCACGGCCUGCCUCUGACGGCUGGUGUUGAACACCCACGUCUGGGGUCACGGAUGGGCGGGUCUCACCUGUGUCACCGGUGUGGAACGGAUGUGUUUAGUACCGCUUGGUGCUCCCUUUCUGCUGGUUUUCCAUGCCCACCCUAGUCACUAAGGAUUUGCCUAACAGUAUGAAAAAAGAUUUUCUUCUAAUCUCCUUGCAAGGUACAGCAUGCUAUUUUGAAAUUCCGAGUAUGCCCAGUCAUCUGUUCAAAUGUAAAACGGUCUUUAGAGAAAUGAGGAGGGGUGCUUUUCUUGUGGAAUGUUCUUAUCGCGACUACCGAAUUUCAAGGAACUUUUAUAUAUUCAUAUGUGCAAAAGUCACAGCUCUCCUGUUUUUCAUUGUUGUAUUCAUUGUUGAGUGUGCUGUAAAUGAUGGCUUUGCAAUUAAAGUGAGAUUUGCCC